AUGGACGAUUCUCGUGUUCCCGCCGAAGAGGCACAUCCCGGCCCUAGCAGCAGCGUGCCAGCUGCCCUCACUCUUUCCCUCCCGGAGGGCGGAGAUAAUGCCACCGCUCAGCUGUCGCUGCGGCCUGGUCACGAGCACGCCUCUGUCGCGCUUUCGUCGUACCCUAAACCAAACCGUUUUAGUCGCACAAUGUCAGAGAGGACUCCAAGCGCCCUGGACAGGGAGCAGAUGCAGGGUCUGAAGGGGAUCCGCGAGUUUCUCAAGGUCCGGACAAGCUACGAUGUGCUGCCCCUCUCGUUCCGUCUCGUUGUGCUCGACACCGAAUUGCUCAUAAAGAAGAGCCUCAGCAUUCUCAUACAAAAUGGCAUCGUCUCGGCGCCUCUCUGGGACUCCAAAACUUCGACCUUUGCUGGCUUGUUAACCAGCACCGAUUAUAUCAAUGUUAUUCAGUAUUACUGUCAGUUCCCUCACGAGAUUGAUCAGGUCGACCAGUUCCGUUUGAGCAGCCUUAGAGAUAUCGAACGGGCCAUUGGUGUCCUACCGCUUGAAACAGUGUCAGUGCACCCUAUGCGGCCCCUGUACGAGGCCUGCCGGCGGAUGCUUAAGACCCGUGCUCGGAGGAUACCUCUCGUCGACGUUGAUGACGAGACGGGACGCGAGAUGGUGGUCAGCGUUAUUACGCAGUACCGCAUCCUCAAAUUCAUCGCUGUCAAUAACGAAAAGUACACCAUGCUCCUGAAGAAGCCCGUCCGCGAGAUCGGCCUUGGUACCUACACGGAUCUUGUGACAGCUUCCAUGAGCAACUCUGUCCUGGAUGUGAUUCAUCUGAUGGUAAAGCACAACAUUUCAGCUGUCCCGAUCAUCGACAGUGAGGGAAAGGUUCUGAAUGUUUUUGAGGCUGUCGACGUCAUUCCCUGCAUUAGGGACGGUUUAUACGAGGAGUUGACCGCCUCGGUGGGCGAUGCUUUGUCCCUGCGUCCAGAGGAUUUCCCAGGCAUCUACACUUGCAGCGAAGACGACCGUCUGGAUGCCAUAUUCGACACCAUCCGCAAAUCCCGAGUCCACAGACUAAUUGUAGUGGACGAUGACAACCACCUGAGGGGAAUCAUCUCUCUGUCGGACAUUCUCAAGUAUGUCUUGCUGUACGGCGAGGAGGAAGAUGACAUUAGGGACACCUAG